CGAUGUGUUUUCCGCUGUUGUGAUUUGUAGUCAUUUCAUUUAACUGAAGAAGAAGACAGUAGUACAGGGUGAAGUGUGGACUGAGACACUUGACAAACAUGAAUUUUAAAGUCCGGGCUGCAACUAAAGAAGACUGCAAAGACAUAUCGAGACUGAUAAUGGAGCUGGCGGUGUAUGAAAAAAUGCCUGACCAAGUGAAGAUAUCUCAUGAAGAGCUGGAGCGGGACGGCUUCUGUCAGAAUCCCUUCUUUGAAUGCCUCGUCGCAGAAGUGCCCGAGGAGCAUAAAUCUAAAGAAGGAUUCACAAUUGUUGGAUACGCCUUUUACUUUUACACGUACAGUACAUGGAAGGGGCGGACCAUAUAUUUGGAGGAUCUGUACGUGAUGCCAGAAUUCAGAGGAAGAGGCAUAGGCAAGGGUUUACUGUGCAAAGUCGCUGAGGUGGGGAAGAAUAAGCAGUGUGUGCGGCUGCAGUUGUCUGUGUUGGACUGGAAUACUCCCUCUCGGGACUUCUACGCUGCUAAAGGAGCUCAGGACCUAACCGACAGCGAAGGCUGGCACUUUAUACGUUUUGACAAACAAAGCAUGGACAAUUUAGCAAAUGAAGCUCCAAAAGAUUAAAAGUCUGCAAAUUAACUGUGUAACUUUCUGUGAACGACUGUGGCUGGUAAACAUUCACCCUGUAUGAGACAAAAUAAGCUGGACUGUACCUGGUUCCUCACUACCUUGUCUUUCUCCUGUUUUAUAAAAAUCAUGUCCUGAUUUAAACUUUUCAUAUUUACAAGGACCUACCUGUGAUUUAUAAAUACGAUUUUAAAUACUCUA